AAUCAUAUCGAAUCAUAAAGAAAUGGAUGAAAUUAGGAGCAGCAGAGAGAAUGAAAUGUUGGAAGAUGAGCUUAGAAGAAUGAGAGAUGAGAAAGCAGCAGGCUACUUUGAUUCAGAAAGUUCAUACGUCUCAAGUGAUGAUGAGCUUCCAGACCCCAACAAUUAUAAAGGAAUAUUUUAUGGUCAAGAAGAAGAGAAAUACAUAGAUCCCACCACUGGAGCUCAUUUUAGACAUGAAGAAAUAUGUGGUCUCAUGCAAGCUGUCAUUCAGGAAAGAAACUCAGUUCAAGAAAGACUCAAGGAACAACUCAUUUUCCAAAAAGAUAGAGGAAGAGAAUCUGAUCUGUACAAGACAUCUGAUAAUUUUAAAAGAAUGAGAAACCGGGGUCUUAACAAAAGUGAAGAGAGCAAAUAAGAUAUCUAUUGUAAAUGUUAAAGAGGCUCUCAACCUCCCUCAAAAAGAUAGCUUCCAAAAUGUUAGGAACAACAUGAUAAAACUCAACACUGAUACCAAUAAUCUAGUGUCAAAGGGAAAAGGAAAUAAACUGAUCUCUAAAGAAAGAGCCCAAACUGGAUACUACGACGAAACUUCAGUAGCCAAAGGGAGCACUAGAAUAGAGCUCAACUCAGAAGAUCUCUCAAGGAGAAGUCAGUUCACUAAACCGAGUGCGAUGUACAAUAAUAUUAUCAAAGACAAAUCAGAAAACAGGAGUAAUGAUCAUAGCAGGAAUUUGAGUAAAAGAAAUUUCAAGCAGGUGAUAUCAGGCAGGGCAAACAAGAGUGCCUCUAAGAAUCAAGAUCCUUCGCAUACAUACAAGAAUAAGUCCUUUUUAGAAAAAUCCAGGAACUCACAGCGUAAGAAGAACUCGUGUGCUUUGAAAUCCUCAGAGGUCGAGAAAAUGUUUAAAAAUAUCAAACAUACAAGGAACAAUAAAAUCAUCGUAGAUUCCAAGAAAAGCAGGAAUAAAAAUAAGUUCUUCAAUAAGUCGCAGAUAGGCACAAAGACUAAUAAGACAAUGAAGGACAGGACGAGUAAAAACUUCUAUAAAGACGGUUCAAAAGUAUCUCAAUUCACACGAUUCUUACAAAACUACCAAAGGAUGAGAGAAUCCAGCGCUAAAACUAACGACUCUGUGAAAAAGCGUUCACCCUUUAACAAGCAUCAUAUGCUGAUAGAUAUUGGCUCGAAGAACUCAAAAAAACCUAAAACAAAAGCCUUCUUUCCCAAAUCACAAAAAUCUCAAAAAUCAAAAGAGACUCAUAAUACUUGACUCUAUCCCAAAACCUACUCAAAUAAUCUCCAAAGUUCGAAAUACAAAAACUUACAUAGGAAAUCACAAUAUUCCAGCCAUUUCAAACACGAAAACUCGUCUGGAACUUACCAGAUUAUAGCUAAUAAUAGCGCCUCACCCGAUUACAACACUAACAGAUCAAGAGUUCUUCAGAAGACGCCUAAGGAUAAGAGCCCAUACACGAAGAGAAUGGUGCUGAAGAGAGCAAGAAGGAAUAAGUCUAAAAACAAUCUGAACAAAGUCACUUCACUGACCAUCAAUAAUUAUCAUUGUAAAGGAGUUAAGAUCGGCGUGCCCCAAAGUAAUGUUAAUGCUAUUAAGCAAAAAUACUUUUAGAGCUAA